CCCACAAUUACACUAAGAUCGGCUUGACCAUGAUAUCCCGAGCCCCUCUUCGCAUCUCGCAGCCGCUAUCAUGGGCGCGGAAUACUGUGACUAAUGCCCUCUAUCAUACAAUGACAUGCACCUCACAACAAGUCCAACGACAACGACUGCCUUAUAAGCACCAAAAUCGCAGCAUCAGCACCACACCACGACGCACCAUGGCGGCCCCUACAACCAAAGACUGGUCCGCAACCCAAUACCUGAAAUUCAACAACGAGCGCACACGCGCCGUAUACGACCUCGUCGCGCAAGUAACACCACACAUCAGCACAUCCACGCCACGCAUCUACGACCUAGGCUGCGGGCCAGGAAACAGCACACAGGUACUGCGCGACGCAUUUCCAGGCGCCAAGCUAACAGGCAUGGACUCAUCGCCCGAUAUGCUAGAAAAAGCGCGCUCAGCGCUGCCAGAUGUGGAGUUCGUAACGGGGGAUUUGGCUACGUUUGAGAGUGGACAAGAGCCCGAUCUGCUCUUCAGCAACGCUGUGUUCCACUGGCUCCGGCACACGUCACGCAUCCCUACUCUCACCCGCCUGUUCGCCUCUCUCCGUCCAGGCGGCGUGGUAGCAAUCCAGGUGCCAGACAACUACCACGAAGCGUCGCACGCGCUGAUGCGGGACACAGCUCUGCUACCUGAUUCAGCGUGGUCGUCUUCCUUUUCCGAUACGCGCAUAGGCGACGUGGGGGAUCGCGAUAGGCCGGAUUUGGAUCCUAUUGAGCCGCCAGAAGAGUUUUAUAAUGCGCUUAUUCCGCUGGCGGGGAGUGUUAAUGUUUGGCGCACAAAUUAUUUUCAUGUGCUCAAGGAUGCGGGUGCAAUUGUUGAGUGGGUUAAGGGGACGGGCCUGCAGCCGUAUCUGAAUAGGAUUGACGGGGAAGAGGCGAAGAGUGCAUUUCUGGGGGAAUAUGAAAGACGAUUGAAAAGGGCGUAUCUGCAGUUGGUGGAUGGGAAGGUGCUACUGGGGUACCCGAGGCUGUUUGUUGUUGCUGUUAGAAAGUAGAGAGAUGACCGAUGUGUGUUAAUGUGAGGGAUAAGUCGAACAGAAGUGACCCAUAGAUGAAAUGUAG